AAAAAGAGGUACGUAUAACCAUUUCGAAAACCCCUCCAAAAAACCCUAGCUCCCAACCAUAGACUCUCCUCUAUCUGGCGCCUCGCCGGUGGAGAUGCCCGGCCGCCCGUCGGAACCAGACAACGCUGUAAUCCCCUUGCCGGCGGAGGUUGAAAUUCCUAUUUACCACAUACGGCAUGGCGUCAAGCCCCCGAUCAUCCGGGUCUUCGCCUCGUGGUCGCGCGGGAAUGUACUCCAAGUGGCGUGCAUCCGCUCACUUGAGGAUGAUAUCCCCGACGGGGAAGGAAAUGGAAUUUCUGGUGAUGUGGAUCUCGGUGGCAAGGUAGUUGAGGUGAAGCUUGGCACCGGUGACCCGACUAUCAGCGAAUCGCCGGGACGGAGGAUUAUUUACGAUUCUGUUACCCCUUUUGCUCUCCUUCAGAGCCGAAGGAAUACAUUUUUAACGAUGUCUAGGAUGCCCUUUUCUUUUUCUCAUCCUUCUGCUGUCUGGUGGCAGCAAGUCUUGGAGUAUAGUAGGAGCAUUUCAGAACUUUUUGGGACUUCAAAUAAUACAUCACAAUCUGUGAUCGAUGAUCCGAUGAUGAUCUUGGAGCAAGUUGAGAAACCUAGCAGUCUUAAGGCUGCAUGGGAGUUGAUGGAGAUUUUUUAUGCAGAUAAACAUUCUUUUUCAUGGUUUCCAGAGCGUCUUGUUGACUGGUUGGCGGAGUAUGAUGCUAUACUAUCUGAGACACAGAUGACAGUCCAUUUGAAGCUUGCCAAACUCCAAGAAAAAUUGGUCAAUUUACAGGUGAUUGAGGAUGAUCCUGAGUAUUGGGAAGUGCUGUCAUCAGUUCUUUCUAUCGGAUGGCUUGAUGUUGCGGCUAAAUUGCUAAGGCUGCAUGGUUCUUAUCAGCUUAAUCAAAUCGAUAAUCGUGAGACAGAAAACGGGCUGGUUGAGACAGUUGCUGUUCUCAUAUCAACAAUGCCACGUUUGCGUCAUGAUUUGCCAAUGGGGAAAUUAGGUCAAUGCUAUAAAACCAAACCGGAUUUUAUAAAGGCAUGGGAGAAAUGGCGUGACCAGAUAACUAAAUUGGACUGCAGUGCCUUUUGGGUUCAAUGUAGCCAUCGCCCAACUCGUGAGGGCCUACGAAAUCUCUUGCAAAUCAUGCUGGGAAAUUUUAACAGCAUUUCUAAAGCUUGUUUUCAUUGGAUGGAGCUGUUUAUAUCACACUUCCUUUUCAUAAGACCUCUUACUGUGGGUUUUGAAGAGAUGCUAGGAUCGGCUCUAAAAUUUAUGCGAUUAAAAUCAAGCAAUGUUUCCAAUGGGUUGAUGAGGCUUCUUCUUGGCAUUCUCGGAGAAAAUACUGAGGUUGUCAUGGCAGAAUGCUUUAAAUCAUUUGGACCAUGGAUGGUUACCCAUUCUGCGGAGUUAUUGACAGCUGACAGCCAUCAAAAUGAGCUUCUUUUGUAUGAGGAGAGGUACAGCUUGGGUGGUAUCAGCAUAAUGGAACUGCACCGCCUUAUUUAUGCUCAAGUUUUGGCUUCUCAUUCAGUGACUUGGCAAAUUGCACCUUCAUACUUGCUUUCAUGUCCAAAGCAAGGAUUAGGUUUGUUGGAGAAUUUACUGUUCAAACAAUCCGUGCAAAAUUAUCAAACAGUUCUCAAGAAUCUAGAGAUCUGCCAAUUAAAUGAGCUUUAUGGAAUUUCUUCUUCCAUUAAGAAGAUUGCUGGAAUGCACCAUUGGAAACAUGGGAGAAAAGGUUUUGGAGUCUAUUGGCUCCAAGAAGCUCGUGAUGAAGGUAGGCUUAAUCGAAUUGCUCAACAGCUGUUUGAUUGUAUUGGGAAAUCAAUCUCCGAUGAAACAUUUAAGCAAUGGGAGGGACUUAUUGAACUGCUUGGUCCUGAUGUCGGGACUGCUGGUGGUGUCGGAUUUCUUCACAGAUAUCGAGAUUUUAAGAAAUCUCUCAGGCAGGCUAAAAUUGGAAGGCUCGUUGGUGCAGCUAAACAUACCAUUGAUUCACUCUUACAGCUUAUGAAGAGUCCUUCCACGCCACAACGAUUCUGGCUCCCUCUUCUUCAUGACGCGGUUGAGCUGUUAAACUGGAAAGAUCAACCUCUUCUGAAUGUUUUCGAAACAAAUUUCUUGUUGAAGAAACUGCAAGAGCUAUCCAUGGCGCAGUUACGUCCAGAUUUCUCCCAGGCCGAUUUGCCUCCUGAGGCGCUGACCCAAAUUAGACUGGCCCUCGCCACAAAUCUGUCCCGAGCUUUUCUUGAAGAAUGAUUAACAAAAAAUUUAUAUUAUGAGAGUUUCAAUCAUUGCUUACUCUUUAGUUCAGCUGCAGAAUGAACUCAAAUGGGAUCUCCAGUGUGUUCUCUUAACUCUCUAAAUUUCCUUCUAAAUCAUAAUUUUAGAUUGUUCUGCAUGUUUUGGAAUGUUGUGUUCUUUUA